ACAUUGGUAUCAGUCUUAACGAAUCUCACGCCUUAAUAUCUAGUCCACUAGUUUAAUAAAUUACCGAGCAUAUUAAUAUAUAGUUUGAAAAAUGGAUUUAGUAUUUCGUACUCGUACUCCUGGUGCUGCUGCUGAGGGUGUACGGGAUCAGUAUGCCGAUGGAAAAGCUUCUGAAGUCUGGAAAACUUUAAUUGGAGAUAAAAAACAACGUACUCAAGUUUACAAAGACUUUUUAGUGGGUUUAUUACGUGAAAAGGGUUGCAAGAGAAUCCUCGACGUUGCCUGCGGCACAGGAAUUGACUCUAUAAUGCUCAUUGAAGAAGGAUUCCAAGUUGUCAGUGUUGAUGCUUCUGAUAAAAUGCUCAAACAUGCGCUCAAAGAUCGAUGGGAGCGAAGAAAAGAACCUGGUUUUGAUGAAUGGGUUAUUGAAGAAGCCAAUUGGUUAACACUGACUAAAGAUAUUGGACAUCUUAUCGGCGGUGGUUUUGAUGCUGUGAUUUGUUUAGGCAACAGUUUCGCUCACAUCCAUGACGCUUACGGCGAUCAGAGAGAACAGAAACAAAUAUUAAAAAACUUUGAGAUGUGUCUUAAACCAGGUGGCUUUCUUCUUAUCGAUCACAGAAAUUAUGAUCAUAUUUUGGGUGGUGGGGUUGCUCCAGCGAGAUGCAUUUACUAUAACAGUCCGCAUACGAAAGAUAUAAGAACCUCCGUCUAUUGGGUUUCCGGUGAACCCCAAAUGGUUAUUCUGGAUUACUUCUUGUCCUUGGAUGAGAAUAACGAGGAUCCAGAGAAUCGAAAUGAAUUUCGCUUAUCUUACUAUCCUCAUCGGCUUAAUGUCUUCAAGGAUAUGCUACGAGAAAUAUUUUCCCAGACGACCCACAAAAUUUUCGGUGACUUUAAACCUCUUAAUGAGGUAAAAGUACCAGCAUUUUUCAUUCAUCUCAUUGAAAAAAAAUAAUUCCCACAUACAAUUGCACUGUAAAAAAUCGGGAGUGAAUACCGAUUUUAUUUCAAUCCGAAUUCGCUCCCUCAUUCGGAGUGAAUCGGGCCUUUUUAUGGGUGGAGCGAUUUCGGAGUGACGCGGAUUUUAUUUCAAUCCGCACUCACUCCAAUCCGGAGUUUUAAUACUUAAUUAAAUUUAUAUUUAAUAGAAACAGCUGUUAAUUAGAAACAUAAUUAUUUAAUUAAAUAAUUCAUUCAAAUAUUAAUAAUUAAACUUAAAAUAUCAGUUUUUAAUUUAUAAAAUGUUUUAGUAACUCACUAAAUUAUAAUUUCUUAUAUUUAAUACACAGUGAAAAUAUUAAAUUAUUGAAUAGCUAUAGUGACAUAUAUAGUUUUUAUGGGAAUAUUCGAUAUUUCGGUACAGUAUGAAUUUUUAUCUCGUGGUAUGGUUGAUGUAAGUCAUAAGACAGUUUGUAACUCAGUGGAAUUUUAUUUGCCAAAAUUUUAUUAUUAGCUGCUUAUAAUUUUUAAAAAUCAUUUCGCGCGAAAAUAUUCAAAGGGAGCUCCUAAUUAUUUCCGUACUCAAUAUAAAUGUCAAAAUAUCAGACCUAAGCUCACUAUGCAUUAGUAAUUUUUUUUUUUACUAUAUAUAUUUUCCAAAACUCCCCUUUAAAGAAAAAUUCACUCCAAGGGAAUUAAAUAAACUCCGAAUUCACUCCGCAAAUUUUUUACUGUGUAUAAGACUGGAAGAUUAAUAAAGAUCUAAACUAAUAAAAUAACCAAUUAAAAAAUAAUAAAUAAGUAAAUAAAUAUAAAUAAUUCAUUUAUUAGAUAUGUACGAUAAACGUACAUAAACUUUAUUUCUGAUUAUUUUGUAUAAAUAGUAAAUAUACACGUUGGAAAGCCAAGACUAGAAGGUAUCCCUUGAUUUAUUUUUAAUAAAUAUUAUUAAUUAUCAUUAUUAUUAUUACUUUUAUUUUUUAUUAAACCAUUUGUCGUGAAAAUAUAAACGCAAAUGAAUCAUGAUGAUAAUUGCUGUGAUUUUUACGCAGUUAUUUUAUUUAUAUUUAUUAAUUAUUACUUUUUUGUUUUAUUCAGCGUGAAAAAUAAAACAGUAUCUUCAGUAAGAAGAGCAAUUUACGUCAAGGGAUUUUUUUUUUUAUUUUUUUAUUAAUUAAUAUUUAAAUGACUAGAAUUUUUUCGCAACGUCGCGCACAGCCCAAGUAAAAAGUUGGACGAACAGUUGUGAUAGCAAAAUUUUACACCCUCUCACAAUUCCUAUAACAAUGUUUGUAAUUUUUUUUUUUUAUUCAAUAUAUAUAUUUAUAUUUAUUUAUAGUUUUCUUGUUCUUAAUAUACUGUCGCUUUUUUUUUAUUGUUCGUCAU